ACGGUUUCAGCGGGUUUCCUGGGAGGGCUGCUGUUGUCUUUCCAGGCUGCUAGGAGUAGAUUUUUUACACGCGAGGAUAAAGUUUAUACCGUUUCGGUCGUUUAAUUUGUCGCAAGUAUGCGAUUGAUUUAGUUGUUUGUUUUUGUGUAAAUACCAGACCAACAGUCUUCUUUGACGUUUUUAGGAAACGCUGAAUAUAAGGUGCCACCAUGAAGUCCCUGCAGUCGAGAGUGAGCUCCCUCUGGCACGUGUCUCAUAAAAAGAUUCAGGAUUUCGUCAGUGAGAUUGAAAAUGUCCACAUGGUUUGGCUGGAAGAGAUCCAGCAGGAAGCAAACAGCAUGUUCUCCAGUGAUUUUAACGCGGCACCAGAACUGAUGCCAAAAACGCCGUCCCAGAAAAAGAACAGCCGCAGGAAGCGCGUAUCUGUAGGGCGCCAAGAGCAGGGUCAACCGAGGAGAAGAUUCUCGAAGGGAAAGCGCAGCAACCUUCGCGGGUCAGCUGUCAAAUUUCCUGACUUGGUCCCUGAAGCAGAAGAAGAAGAAGAAGCAGCGGUCCCUGAGGCUUCAGCCUCUAAGCCCAAUACCAGAACGCAGCCCAAACGCACGACUCGCAGAAACAAACAGACGAGGGCCGAAGAUGCUGAGGAGUCGUCUGGUGACGGCGUUAAACAAGAAGAGGCGCAGAACAAGAAGCCGCCGCUGGUUGAGGAAGUGGAAGAAAUCCAAAAAGUGAAUGACGCAGAAACUGAACCGGAGGAACCCGGCAGCACUUCUCAGUCUCCUCCAAAGAUGGCUUCCCCCGAGUUAGUUGUCAGAAUCUCGGCAGAGGACCGCCUUUCUGCCGAGCUCGCCAUAAAACCAGCCGCCUCUCCGGGCCGCACGGCUACCAAGAUGGCCAUAGCCGGCGCCGCCCGGAGCUCGAGGCGCAGCUCUAUGCGCAGCUCUGCUCGCUGCUCCCUCAAAUUGCGUCAGUCACUGGCGGGUCUUCGGCACAGUAUGACGCAGGAAUCCGUUCGUCGCUCUUCACGCCGUUCUAUGCUAAAGAGAAAGUCCAUUCGGAUGGGAUACUCUAACAGCAGCAGCAGCAACGUCGGUGGAACGGACUCCUCCAUGGAUGCUGUAAACGAGGACGAUGGAGAAGACCAAAUCGAAGCAUUAGCUGCAGACACUGGAGUUGAUGAUCCUGGAAAGGAAAAGGAGUCUCCAGAGCCUGAAACCGACAGCCCUGUCUCUGCACCUGCUGUGGAGCGCGUGACUCGCUCUGUGGCGGCUAAUUCUCCCAAACUGGCCCCCCCUCCGCUGUUCUCCUCCGAGGCUAAAAUAAGCACUCCUGUCAUGCCUGUGGCUGCUAAGAGACUGACCAAAGCAGCUCAAAGAUCGAGUCUCAGUAAAAAACGAAAAGGUCCGGAGAUCGUGGAGAGCAGCCCUUCCAAGCAGUUCUCCCCCCCAAAGAAAAGCCAAAGUGCGGUCAGACCCAACAUGCGAUCUUUUCUUCAUACUGUGCAUAAGAAUCAAAUGCUGAUGAUGACUCCUAACUCCCUGGGCCGAACUGCUGUGGUCAAGUCUUUCAUCAAACACACCACUCCUCUGAAAAUGGACCCCAGAAUGAACAUGGGUACUGUGGCCAAAGAGCGGAACCGACUGGAAGCACUUAAAAAGAAGCAGGAACAGGAGGAAGAAAGGAUGAAGAAAAUGGAGGAAGAGAAGAAAAGAAAAUUGGAAGAACUGAAAAGGAAGAGGGAAGAGAGGAUGAGGAGAGUGGUGGAGGCCAAAGUAAAGGAAGAGCAGAAGGAGGAGGAAAAGAAAAAGAAGAUUGAGCAGAAAAUGGUUAAAAUUGAGGAGAAAAACGAUAAACGCCAGGCUGAGGAGAAGGCUAAGAAGAGGAUGGUAGGGAAGCGCCAAGAAGAGCUGGAGCAGAAGAAGAAGUUAGAGGAAGAAGCUAAAAAGAAAAAGAUUCAGCAGGAGGAAGAAAAACGGCAGCAGGAACUUGCAGCCAAAAAGAAAGCAGAGGAGGAGGAGCUGCAAGCUCGCAAAGCCCUGGAGCGAGAGAGGGAGAGGGAGAGGGAGCGCGAGCGAGAGAGGGAGCGCGAAAAGGAGCGAGAGAGGGAGCGCGAGAGGGAAAGGGAGCGAGAACGGCAGGCAGCAGCUGCAGCCGCCGCUGCUGCUGCUGAAAGAGAACGGCUGGAAAAAGAAAAGGCUUUACGGCGUGAAGUGGAGCGAGCGGCUCGAGAGAAAGAAAUGAAACAGCUGGAGGAGAAAAGGAAGGCUUUGGAAGCAAAGAGAAAACUGGAGGAGCAGCAGAUGUUGGCUGCAAAUGAGAAAAUUUUAAAAGAGAGGGAAGAAGCCAAGCAGAGGGAAGCUGCUGCUGCUGCUGCUGCUAAAACGCAGCAUUCUACAGACAUGCUGAAUAAAACAGUUGAUAUCGAGCGCUCAGUAAUGCAGACACCUGUAGGAAAAGGUGCUCUAAACGUUACCGUGGACAUACAGGAAUCGUCCCCUCAGACAUACGCCAUCACCCCCAGUGGUGGAAAUAAGCCCUUGGUUUUAUCAAAGAACCCAGAUGAUUAUGGGAUGGACCAGAACAGCGAUGAUUCAACAGACGACGAAUCGGCCCCAAGAAAACCAAUUCCCUCCUGGGCCCAAGGUGCGUAUUACCAGUUUGGAUAUCCGGACCCGACCUGA